AUGGUUCUUCCUGGAUUUCGCAUGUUUGUGCUUUUUGCUGUAGUGUCUACGGUUUCAGCCGGAAUUGAUGAUUUUUUCGACAAUCUGUUCAGUGCUUUCACACAUAAAGAUUCGAUUCCUGGAAAUUCUUCCACUACUAGCGCGGAAACUGAAUUAAAUACCACGACUAUAGCACAUAUUCAGCAAGCUCCACCGGCUGUUCAACUAACGACAACAGUUGAAGCGUUAAUAUCUGCGGAGAAUUCAACAAAGCCGACCCAUCUCGAACUCGUUGAUCCAACGACGCUUCGACCAUCAACUGAAACAAUUAAAAGUGGUACUUCAAGUGUUCCCGUAUUACUGUCCAGAAAGAAACGGGAUUAUAGCACCACAAGUGUUGAGGAUAACGAUGAUGAUGAUGAUGAUGAUGAUGAUACUGACGAUAAUGAUGACGACGAUGACGAAGGUAACACACCAAUACCAAUUACUACUAGAACUGCAGCAACAACAACUACUACUACAAAAAUAGUAAUAUCAAGCAAUAGUGAACCUGUAACGAACGGCCCCGGCGAAGACGAUUACCCACUACCGUAG